ACACCAAUGACCUAAGCACCGGAACUUUGACCUUGCCAAUCGAAAUUUCAACUUCGAAAUUUUCUAAUUACACACACACAACAACAACGAUAAGAAAUUAAUAAAAAAAAUUAUAUAAAUGUCUCAACAAGUCAUCAUGUUUUCAUCUCAUUUUGAUAAUAUAUUUAUUACAUAUAUGCUAAAAAUUAUUGUGGGCUACAUAACAAUAAUAAUAAUAAUAUAAAUAAUAAUAUUAAAAAGAGAUUAUAUUUAAUUUUUUUAAUCACCUUGACUUGUCAUUCACGCCGUUGAAUCGCAUUCAAGAGUUAGAUGUUCUUCAAGUUCGCAGUAAUUUAUCUAUACAUGAAAUAAAUUAUAUAUAUAUUUUUGUUGAUAAUCUAUUUUUGGCACAACUUGUUGGUUUAAAAUUAAACAAUUAUAAUGGGUGGUCAUUGGUCUAGCAUGGACCCUUUGAAGGUAGACGUGCCUCAAAUUGAGUUGCUCUUCGAGAGAGAUUCAUACUUGAAAAUUUAUGAAAUUGAAAUUAGAAAACGAUAUGCAUUGUUUAAAGAUUUCAUUGAGAAAAUUGAAAAAGGUGAUGGAAGCUUGGAUAAAUUUUCAAAAGCAUAUGAAAAUUAUGGAAUAUUUAUUGAUGAUAAAAAUCAGGUGACAUGCAGAGAAUGGGCACCAGGUGCUCAUGAAGUUUAUCUAACUGGAGAUUUUAAUAACUGGCAAUGGAUUCAAACACCAUUUACAAAACAAGAAUUUGGAAAAUGGGAAUUAAAAUUACCAGCAAAUGAUGAUGGCACAUGUCCAAUAAAACACUUGUCUGAAGUUAAAAUAAUUAUCAAAGAUUCAAAUGGUAAAUUAUUGGAUCGUAUAAGUCCAUGGGCAAGAUAUGUAACAGAGCCAGAAGAUAAAAGCCAAGGAACAAAUUACAAACAACGUAUUUGGAAUCCAGCUGUUGAUGAUAAAUACAAAUGGAAACAUGAUAAACCAAAAAAACCAGAGAGCCUACGUAUAUAUGAAUGUCAUGUUGGUAUUGCAACAAGUGAACAUCGUGUUGGUACAUAUUUAGAAUUUGCAAAUAAUAUUAUUCCACGUAUUGUUAAACAAGGCUACAAUGCAAUUCAACUUAUGGCUAUUAUGGAACAUGCAUAUUAUGCCAGUUUUGGUUAUCAAGUUACUAAUUUUUAUGCAGCAUCAUCAAGAUAUGGAACACCAGAACAACUUAAACAACUUAUUGAUACAGCACAUGAAAAUAAUAUUGUUGUUUUACUUGACAUGGUACAUUCACAUGCAUCAAAAAAUACAUUUGAUGGUUUAAAUGAAUUUGAUGGUACUGAUGCUUGUUUCUUUCAUUCUGGACCAAGAGGUGUACAUCCACUAUGGGAUUCUCGUCUAUUCAAUUAUGGAGAUUAUGAUGUAUUGAAAUUUCUUUUAUCAAAUUUAAGAUGGUACAUGGAAGAAUAUAAUUUUGAUGGAUUUAGAUUUGAUGGAGUAACAUCAAUGUUGUAUCAUUCAAGAGGACUUGGUGAAGGUUUUAGUGGUAAUUAUGAUGAAUAUUUUGGCUUGAAUGUUGAUGUUGAAGGAAUUGUUUAUCUUAUGAUUGCAAAUCAUAUGAUUCAUAAGUUGUAUCCAGAUGCAAUAACAAUUGCUGAAGAUGUCAGUGGAAUGCCAGCUGUAUGCAGACCUGUUGCUGAAGGUGGUCUUGGUUUUGAUUAUCGUUUGGGUAUGGCAAUACCAGAUAAAUGGAUAAAAUUAUUAAAAACAACACGUGAUGAAGAUUGGGAUAUGGCUGAUAUUUGUUGGACAUUAACAAACAGAAGAUGGAUGGAAAAAACUGUUGCAUAUGCUGAAUCACAUGAUCAAGCAUUAGUUGGUGAUAAAACAAUUGCAUUUUGGCUUAUGGAUAAAGAUAUGUACACACAUAUGAGUUGUAUAAGUGAACCAAAUUCAGUUAUAACAAGAGGAAUUGCUUUACAUAAAUUAAUCAGGCUUAUUACACAUGCACUUGGUGGUGAAGCUUAUCUCAAUUUUAUGGGCAAUGAGUUUGGUCAUCCAGAGUGGCUUGACUUUCCUCGAGCUGGAAAUAAUAAUAGCUAUCAUUAUGCAAGAAGACAAUGGCAUUUGGCUGAUGAUGAACUACUUAAAUAUAAAUUUAUGAAUAAUUUUGAUCGUGAAAUGAAUUUAUUGGAAGAAAAAUAUGGCUGGCUACAUUCUGAUCCAGCAUAUGUCAGCUGCAAACAUGGUGAUGAUAAAGUCGUUGUUUUUGAUCGUGCUGGACUUGUAUUUGUAUUUAAUUUUCAUACAUUUAAAUCAUUUCCUGACUAUCCAAUUGGUGUACCACAACAUGGCACAUACAAAGUCAUUUUAAACAGUGAUGAUAAACAAUUUGGUGGUGAAGAAAGAAUUGAUGCAUCUGUUAAACAUUAUGCUUUACCUGAACCUUGGUCUGAUAGACCAAAUAAAAUGAUGGUUUAUAUACCAUGUCGUACUGCAAUUGUUUAUGCACUUGAGUAAAAAUUUAUCAAGUAAUUUUUUAUCAACAUCAAAGUCAAGACUCGGAGAUGAUAUAUAUAUUUUUUUAGGACCAUUUAGGACGACUAGAUCCACAUAAAUACUCAAAUAAAAAACAUUAGUGUAAAAAUUAAUUUUGUUGAUUGAAAUAAAUUUUUAUUUUCUAAAAUAAA